GUGAAUUACUUGAUGGGAUUGGUAAUCUUAAUUUGGAGCGUUUUGUCAUUCGUGAGAACAACUUCACUGGCCUUAUUCCAACCAAAUUAUUCAAUAGUUCAACUCUUAAAUCAUUGGUGCUGAGUAACAAUGACUUCUCUGGUUAUCUUCCAUUGAGCAUGGGGCUUUGGCUUCCCAAUCUCGAAAGUCUUGUGCUCGAUAACAACAAGCUGAAGGGAAUAUUUAAGAGAUAG